AUGUCAUUUCCGAAAAAUAGAAGCGUAAGUGUUUCAAAAGGUUUAAUGGCAGUGGCAGAUGUGAAGUUAAAUUCACCAACUCAAACAAACAGUCAAAGUGUUGUUGUCAAUGUCAAAGACAGAGAUGUUGAAGUGGGGAAACCAUACGAAGACCAAGAUGGUAUAACAAUAGUUCCUGUAAAAGAACAACCAACAUACCCUGAAGUUAGCAGAGACUUAAGUUCUGUUGCAGAUAUUCGAAACGACUACCAACAACUGAAAGACAAACUUCAAACUCAGGAGAAGAUUUGUCAAGCUUUAGGUAUAAUGUUAAACUUGGUCGAACACAACCCUGUAAAAGUGAACUCAUAUGUCAUUGCACCUCAUGAAGUUUUGAAAGAACUAUUGAAACUUUUGACAGAGGCAGACGAUAUAAACAUCAAAGAAAUAGAACCCGACAUUAGUUGCUGUGGU